UUUUUCACAAAUGAAUUAUAUAAAUAUGGAAAGAGUUAAACGCAAGCGCUAUCUCACAACUAGAAAGAGUCCUUCCAACGAGGAAGGAAAUAGUAAAUUAGCAAAAGAUUCGAGAAAUUUUGUUGUUAAGAGAAUCAGUUUGUUCCAAAAUGAAGAUAGUGAUUGAGUCCCUCAGCAAAUAGGAACAUCUGUUAAUCCAAGAAGGAGCAAAAGAUGAAAUAUUACGAGACUUGGUCAUCUUAAAGAUAUGACAACUCAUAACGCAGCAAUUGCUUUGCAUAACCAGUUGCCAGGUUCAGACUGAAACAAGGUAGAUAUUUAUAGAAGGAUGAAGUCGACCAGGCAUACUCCUAAGAGGAAGAGAAAAGUACCCAAAAGCACAAAGAAUGUUCCUAAAAGAAUUCUAACUGUGAAUAGGAAAUCUAAAGCUGCACUUAGCAAACCGGCAUGAAUCACUCAUAAAGUAGAAUACUUUUAUGGGCCUUAUGAAUCAGAACGGUGUCAGAAAUAUGGGCUUCAAAAGGACCAGGAAAAAUGGAUGACAUUUGCCAACACUUCUGAACAGCCUUGGAAUCCAAUAGUAGAUUGUAUCCUUAGCCAAGAAGGAGAUUUUUACAAUAAAGUCAUUAAAUUCAUGAAAGGAGACCAAAAGGAUGCCUCUCCUAGUAAGAAAGGGUCACUGAUGAAUUUAAACCUCUCAAAACUGAAACCUUACAGGAGGAGGUUUCGUAGAAUUUCUCGAAGACAAAUGGAUGAAAAAGUGUGGAAACCUGUCAGGGAGGAGGCUAAGCAGCAUGAUUCAAACACAAACAAAACAAGUUCGAGUAUUUUCAAAUGUGAUUCUAAUCAAAAUAUUGUCAAGCCUCCUCCAAUGAAGAGGCUUGAACCUGUUAGAGAAUUUGCACCAAACACUUUAGUUGAAAACAAAGAAAAUAAGGAUUCUAUUAAAGAAGUUUCAUUUGAGACUACCUUAAAAACUGAAUCUUUCAGUUGAUCUUCUUCUGCGGCUACUGUCGAGAAUUUUCCAGUCAUCAAACUGAUCAAGCCGGAAGAGACACUAAGGGAGGAACUCUUCGAGCUUUCGAAUAAUCAAACCGAGAAGGGAGAUCAUCACAAUGAUAAGCUAUCCCAAUCAUCUCUAUCAUGAGAUUCCUUAGAGAGUAUUGAGAAGCUAGUCCCUCUCAGAGUCAAGUCAACCUCAUUUAACAAAAAGAGCUUAGCAAACGAUGCAACUUCUCCAAAAGAAUCGAAAAAGAAGUUAAAAAUUUCUGGUAAAAGGAUACAAACUGACUUAGAUUUGGUCAAGAAGAAGAUCUCUAGUCCAGCAGAAGUUAAGAACAAACCGAAAUAAACAUCACAAGAGGAAAAUUUUAAAGACCUUCAAAGUCAAAAAGUCAAUGAUUUCUGCAGAGAUUGUUCCUAUCACUCUUCAAGGCCAAACUGAGAAAAUUGCCCAGGAGCAAGAGGCGCUGAACAGAAAAACUAUCAAUAUCAUUAGUCCAAGACCUUCGACAAGGAUAUUGGAUAUGAUAAUGAUGGAAAAUACUCUCAGCCAGAAACCUAUAACUCCUCAUGCACAAGAUGUCCAACCAGGCAUGGAUACUUUCACAGAUGCUGUUGUGAAUAAGCCUAAUAGAAAGAACUCUCCUCAUAGGAGAAGAUUCAAUUCCACAGCUGUUCCUCAAAGGAAGACUAGGAAUUCUUAUAAGAUGUCUACAAGCCUAAAGAAACCACCUUGCCAAAAGAAUAGCUUGGAGGAUUCCACUACUGAGCUAUUCAAAACAAAGCUUAGCUUAAAAUUUCAGCUCAGCCCUAAAAAUAUCCUGAAGCCUGUCAAAGAGAGGAUGGAUACUAAAGGUAUGUCCAGUUAUCAAAAGGCUGUAAAGCGAGUUCAAGACUCUGCUGGGUACUUCAUCGACAAGUUUUGCAGCAAUGAUACAGGCUUUGGAAAGAGGGAGCACACAAUUAGCAAGCAAUGUCAGGAAGAUUCCUCCUACAAGAGAUUACUAUCCUUAGAAACUUCUAAACAGAAGGACAUUGGGUUGAGCCUGAUCUCAAACAACUUUAAGAGAAAUGUCACUGAUGUUAACAGAUACAAGUUCCAAAGUAGUGGUCUCCAAAAUGACUUAGGGCUUGGCAGUGGAAAAGAUAUAGGAUCUUCAUUACAUCAACCAUCAAUCUCUACAAAAGUGACUGAUAAAGCCUCUGACAGGCUAAAAAUUUACCAAGAUCUGAAGGAAACAAUAAAGAAAAAGCUGGGUUUGAAAAAGAAGCAGAAGAAGUGUAUGAGAAAUAAGAAAGUGUCCUCUGUUUUAUCACAGAGAAAUCAUGACUCUAUUAUUAAAGGAACAAAGAAGAAGGCUCAUCUGAAUGAUGGAAAACAAGAUUUUAGCCGCACUUUCGUGAUAAGCGAUGAUUUAUCUCUUGAUAUGAUUAAUAUCCCUGUACUAUCAAGAAACGAAAAAUCCCGACCAAAUCAAACUUCCACAACUCAAAAUUCACCUCUAUUUGGUACCAAAAGCCGUAUCCGCCCUCAAAACCUAAUAUGACACCCUAGGAUAAACUCUCCUCAGCCAAAUCACAAACCUUCCCCUCUUCUUCCUAAACGGAACCACAAAAUAUCCACUAUAAUUCAAAACACCAAGAUAUAUUCAAGAUCACCACAUAAAUCGCAAAGACGUCCAUUUUCACCUCAAAAUUCCUUUAUGAAACAACAUAAAUGCUGUAAGGGCAGCAGCCCUUGCCCGCAUCAUUUUGUGUAAUUAUAAGAAUUAAGGUAUUUUUA